CUGACGAGCAUCAUCCUCUCCUCUGCCCACACCCUCAAGGGCCUCAGACAGGAGGUAAAUGAGCUGAAACUGCAAGUCACAGAAUUCUGCAGAGAACUGACACCUGCUCAACGAGAGAAAGCACAGAACGGAUGCAAAGAACCUCACAGAAUGGUGCGACAGAAGGAAAUCACCAGUCUUCAGGAGGCUCUAACAGCUGCUGGACACCAAGCGCCGCUGGAAAAAGCCAUCAGACAGGACUUGAAAAGAGAACUGUUUCACACCAAGUCACUGUUAAAAACAACAUAUGUGGAACUAAAUGAGAGAGACACCAGAUCUAAGGCCUUACAAGGCCAGCUGCAUGCAGCCAGAGCUGAGGUCCAAACCCUGACUCAGCAAUUAAAGAGGAGCUUGACAUGGUUCAGAAAGAAUUUAAACAGUCCUACCGACUGCGCAUAGACUUAAGCAAAAGACAGCCGGCUGAACAUCACGUCGCCAGCAGUGCAAGCCCUCCACGCCUGUGCACAGCUACGAAAGGGGGGAAAGGGAGCCAAAGCCUUCUGCUUGACACUUCACAAGUCAGCUCCCUGAAAACCUCUGCAGCUGCAGAAAAAAAAAAAAAAUUCAGGUGAACCGAAACAACGCAGCCAGCCUGCAAGCAGCCCGAGGUGAAUUCAAUGUCACAAAUGAACUGGAAUAUGCUUGCAGACCACAAGGUGAACAGACAGGGAAAACACGAAACAGAACUUCCCCUGGCCAGCAGGCCCACCACCUCAGCCAAGAGUCCGAACCUGCGAGGGGGGGGGCGAGAGCCACUGUUCACACGUCACCAACCAGCAGCCACAAGGGGGUGGGGCAGGGACCUUUCCAGAGGAUCACUGCAGACACACACACUGUGUGACCCCACAGACCCCAACGAGCUGGCCAGAGACAAUACAUCUGGCAACCUAAAUACUGCAGAGACCUUGAGGACAUCAAAGGAACUGAUCCUGCAGUCUCACCAGCAGUUUAAACAAGCCAUCAUAAAGGAAUUCUCAGACCCAGAGUCUGAACAGGGACUGAUCGCUGCUGAUUCUGAACUUCACAACUCAGAAUCCAAAGCGGGCACCAGAAGGCACCCAGCAUUGCCACAAUGCAAAACCCUUCUACAGAAAGCCCCUAGCCAGAAGAGGACAGAGCCAUCACCAUGGCAACAGACCCAGGUUCCAGACCAACCACUGGGAAAAGCCAUGGAAAAAGGCAUCCUCAUCCUGCAAACACCAUGGUAUGUCCAACAGCAGUCCACCAAAACAUCCUCCUCCACACCCUUCACACAGGUGCUGAACGGAGGCUACACAAGGACAGCUGGACACGCCUACUUCUGGGUUACAGGAGCUGCUGACACUCGCAAAAGAGCUCCUUGAACAAAACUCAACUAAGGAGUACUGAGAAGGACAAACCUCUGACUCCUUGCCUGCUGCAACACAGCAUCAGGCCCCUCCAAGGGAGGAGCAUCCCUUGAAACCGGUCGACACCCCCAGAAGUAGCCAGACAACGUUGGAUUGAGCAACGGGCCCACAUGCCCAACAGCGAAAGCUCUACCAACACAACUCAGGCAAGCUCAAGUCGGUGCCGCCACAAGAGCCAAGCGACACCGCAAACAUCGGAUUUCUAGUGACGUUGAGCAAAGCAGAGAGCUCACAACCACCUGCCGCUUUCCUGCCAUCAUCACUAGGUCAGUCGGAAAUUCUCUACACACUAUAGAAUCUCCAUAACAGUUCCCGGCAAUCCCUGGAACCACCUGCACUCUCACCAGUGAGAGUCUAACCCGGCUGUCCCACAUCACGGGUACCACAGAUAGCCUACUGGCUAACAACAUCAACAAAAAAAACAUCCUACCCGGACUAACUCACUUCAAGAUGACAGGUGACACAGCCUCGACACCUGCUGCAUAAGCUCGAGGACCCACACCUUGCUACAGCCUACAUCACCACAGCGCACCACCUGACAGCAUCCACCACGGCACCACAACCACUC